GUAUUAUAUAUGUGGCCGACCGUGGUACCUCAUGCAUCAGAAACUCCCAGUAUCGACCAACAUGAAGUUUGUGGUUCUCGCCCUCCUGGCCACCGUGGCCACCGCCGCCCCCCAGUUCAACGCUCCUGACCCUCCUCGCUACGGUGAUUCCAGCGAGGAGGUCCCCAUUAUCAGGCACGACUUUGUACAGGGUGACGAUGGCGGCUACCAACUUGAUAUGGAGACCGGCAACGGCAUUAAGGUCUCAGAGUCUGGCGCUCCCGGAGCCGAAGGUGCCAUCGUCAGCUCUGGAUCUUACUCCUACACUGCUCCUGACGGCACCUCAGUCGAAGUAACAUACGUCGCCGACGAGAACGGCUACCAGCCCCAGUCUGACCUGCUGCCAGUGGCUCCCGCCUUCCCCCACCCAAUCCCUCAGUUCGUGCUGGACCAGAUCGCCUUCGCUGCUGAAGAGGACGCCCGUAAAAAGUCGGCCCCCUCCCGCAGCUACGGUGCUCCCUAGUAAACAGUCAUCUUCCCCCGAGGUCAACAGUCAUGUCUCCGUUGUAUAGAAGUGUCCAUCUAACUUAUUGUUUAUUGUAUUAUGUUAUUUAUUUGUCAAUGCAAAUUAAAUGAAUUAUGUAAA